AUUUUUGAACUUCCUCUAAUCUCAAAGCGUUCUAAUUCUAUAGUAAAAUAUGAAUUCGAACAGAGUGCAUCAGUGUACGAAUGUUCUUUCGUUAGUAGAUUCAAAACUUAAAAAUUAAAUCAACACUAUGAAUAAACAUUCUCAUCUAUUAGACUUUAUAUUUUGAGCGAGUAUUUGUCAUAAUAUCGUUUUUUCUUCUUUAGAACAAAUCAAUUUACAGCUCUUCGUGUACGUUGGUCACCAAUUGAAGAACAUGUUAUAUCAUUAAUAAAUGGUUCACUUGCAUUUUAUUUUCCUCGUAAACAACCUAAUACUCCUAAUAUACCGGAUGGCCCAAAAGUAAGGAAUAAUAAUGGAUAUCCGAUAAUAACUGAU